AUGCUCGACUUUAGAAUUCUUGGAGAAACUCAGACAGAUGUUUGGAAAGUACUUGAUGAACAACAUAACUUUACUCCAUUCUUAGAUCCAAAUGUUACUGAAGAAGGCGAAAUAAUACCUGAUAAUAAAAGGCUUUAUCGAUACUUUAUCAAUGUCUCCAAAGUUGGAACAUAUUCACGUUUCAGAAUUGAAAACUUGGGACCCGAUUCAUAUUCAAUACCAGAUGCUUAUGAACCUCAUGCAAACAUCCUUUCAAUUUCCAAAUUAUUAUUUUUUGGAACAGUAUCUAACGGAAGAAUUUUCUUCUCUCCAGAGAUGGUUCGGAAAACUUCUUCGAACCUACUCAAAUUGGGUGUUCUUGCAAUGUACAAUUAA